CCGGCGCGGUGAGCGGCGCGGCGGAUGGAGAGUCUGGCCGCGGCCAGCGGCGCCGCCUCCUCGUCGCGCCGGGCACGGCGGGCCGGGGCCUUUGUGUGAGGCGGCGUCGGCGAUGGUGCUCGGGCCCCGCGGAGCCGGAUUAACUGUGCUGAUUAGGAGGCAACUUCAUAGAAGCUGCUAAAAUGGGCAUGAGGAUCAAGCUGCAAAGCACCAACCACCCUAACAACCUGCUGAAAGAACUCAACAAGUGCCGGCUCUCGGAGACCAUGUGCGAUGUCACCAUUGUGGUGGGGAGCCGAUCCUUCCCAGCCCACAAAGCCGUCCUGGCAUGUGCAGCUGGCUACUUCCAGAACCUCUUUCUGAAUACGGGGCUUGAUGCUGCCAGGACCUAUGUGGUGGACUUCAUCACCCCUGCUAACUUUGAGAAGAUUCUAAGCUUUGUAUACACAUCGGAGCUCUUCACAGACCUGAUCAAUGUUGGGGUCAUUUAUGAGGUGGCUGAGCGCCUGGGUAUGGAGGACCUCCUGCAGGCCUGUCACGCCACCUUUCCUGACCUGGAGAAUACUGCUGUUGCCAAACCCCUGACCAGCACCAGUGAGAGCCACGCCAGUACUCUGAAUUGUGGCUCAGUAGAACCUACUCAUACCCUUGGAGAACUUCGUGGCAGUGGGGAGCACUUUGCCCCUGAUAGAAGCUAUGUAUUGUCUAGUGAUACUGGAGGAAGCUAUAAAGAGGAAGAGAGAAAUGUUACCAGUGACACUAACCAUAGCUUGUCUCUGCCACAGCAGUCACUGCCACCAAAGACAGAGGAUCAUGAUACACCUGCUUCUUUCACUUCCCUUCCUGGUGUGGGGACCCAACCAAUCCUCAGCACUGUCAGUAUGGGCAUCCAAACCAGCACAAGUUCCUGCCUGCCAUUCAAAGUUCAGAGCAAUGGUGACUUCAGUAAAAACAGCUGCUUCAUUUCUGACAAUGCAAUAGACAUUACCACUGGGACCAACUCCUGUCUGAGCAAUAGUGACCACUCUAAAGAUCCAGGGUUUGGCCAGAUGGAUGAGCUCCAGCUGGAGGAUCUGGGGGAUGAUGACUUGCAGUUUGAAGACCCCACUGAGGAAAUUGGUGCAGCUGAGGAGGUGAUUGAGUUGAGUGAUGACAGUGAGGAUGAGCUGACUUUUGGAGAAAAUGACAACCGAGAGAACAAGGCCAUGCCCUGCCAGGUAUGCAAGAAAGUUCUGGAGCCCAACAUUCAGCUGAUCCGGCAGCAUGCACGGGACCAUGUGGACUUGCUGACAGGCAACUGUAAGGUCUGUGAGACCCACUUCCAGGACCGCAACUCGCGGGUGACCCAUGUUCUAUCCCACAUUGGUAUUUUCCUUUUCUCCUGCGACAUGUGUGAAACAAAGUUCUUUACCCAGUGGCAGCUCACCCUCCACCGCCGGGAUGGAAUAUUUGAGAACAAUAUCAUUGUCCACCCCAAUGAUCCCCUGCCUGGGAAGCUUAGUUUGUUUUCUGGGGCGUCCUCCCCAGAGUUGAAAUGUGCUGCCUGUGGAAAGGCAUUGGCCAAAGAUUUCCAUGUGGUCCGGGGCCACAUCCUUGAUCAUCUGAACUUGAAGGGCCAGGCCUGCAGUGUCUGUGACCAGCGCCACCUCAACCUUUGUAGCCUCAUGUGGCACACGCUCUCACAUCUUGGCAUUUCGGUCUUCUCCUGCUCUGUCUGUGCAAACAGCUUCGUGGAUUGGCAUCUCCUUGAGAAGCACAUGGCUGUGCACCAAAGCCUGGAAGAUGCCCUGUUCCGCUGCCACUUGUGUGGCCAGAGCUAUAAGUCGGAAGCUGCCUAUCGCUACCACGUCAGCCAGCACAAAUGCAAUAGUGGCCUUGAUGUGCGGCCUGGUUUGGGGCUACAGCAUCCAGCUCUUCAGAAGCGGAAGCUGCCCGCUGAGGAGUUCCUGAGUGAGGAGCUGGCUCUGCAGGGCCAACCUGGGAACAGCAAGUAUAGCUGCAAGGUCUGUGGGAAAAGGUUUGCCCACACAAGUGAAUUUAACUACCACCGGCGGAUCCACACGGGUGAGAAACCGUAUCAGUGUAAGGUGUGCCACAAGUUCUUUCGAGGCCGCUCAACCAUCAAGUGCCACCUGAAGACACACUCAGGGGCCCUCAUGUACCGCUGCACAGUCUGUGGCCACUACAGCUCCACCCUUAACCUCAUGAGCAAACAUGUUGGUGUGCACAAAGGCAGCCUCCCACCUGACUUCACCAUUGAGCAGACCUUCAUGUACAUUAUCCAUUCCAAAGAGGCAGAAAAAAACCCGGAGAGCUGACUGGGUCCCAGCAGAGAUCGGGGAACUCCCAGGAGGGAGCCAGGACAUUGGUUUUCGAACGGCUGUUGGUCCCUCUCCAGUCGGUUACAGUUUUGCCUUGCUAGGAAUUUGGGUCUGUCUUGUGUUUAAAGAAGAAAGAGCACAGAAGCUGUCACUGUUUUUGAGAAGCAAUGGACCUAUCAUGUUUACCUCCUUAUUCUUGCCCAUAAGGGCUUUUUUUUUCUUUUGAGGCAAAUAUUGGGGUCUCGUUAGGCAUUUGGUGUCAACUAGAUCCCCUUUCCCAGCCUCUUGACUUUUAGUUUACUGAUAGGUUUUAUGCUGCUAAGAUGCCAACCAACAGCCUCACUGAAUAGAGGAGGUGGAGAGAGGUUUUCUCUGUGGGUAUUUCUGCCAGACUUCAACUGGGACAGCCAGUUCUUGGGAAUAUGUUGGGAAUAUGGUCAUUUAGAGACAGAUCAACAGGGCAGCUCACCUCAGGUCCAGUAGUCCUAGUCCUUACCACAGAAAAGGCAUGAGGGUUGGAGGAGUCUGCCUGUUCCACAGUUUUAACCUGCUGAUGGAAAGAAUAUUUUGACAGCUACAUCCCAACUGAGGACAAAGCUUUCUGUUUGGGUCACAAAGCUUUGGGCAUGAAUCCUUACCAGCCAGAAGAGGUGUCCUGCAGCGCUACCAGAAGUGGUAGCCUGAAUGGACUGGAAGGGAGCUUUCUCUUUUCUCCUCAGUUCCAAAGAAAAACUUUUAUAAGAUGAUGCCCAGGACGUGAGGUCAUCUUUGUGAGGCAGAGAGGACAGGGAACCACUUUGAUAGAGUCAUUUGUCAUUCUGGCCAUCUCUGUUGCCCUUGAGUUUUCAGAUGGGGAGGUGGGGAUGUCUGAUAACAGCCUUGCCUUAAUUCAGAUCCCAUCGCACUUACACAUGUGUUUGACCCCUCAUGUAGAUGGGAAGAUUCCAUGAGGUGGUGGAAUGGUGGACUGUGAUCCUUUCAGGAUUUAAAGCACCCGAGUAACUGGUGUACAGCAGGUUGCAUUUUGUUUGUCCCUGUGCAGUAAUCUGUUUAUUCUAACUGGGCUUUUUUAGCUCUCUAUUGACCUGCUGGAAUUAAUUUAAUCAUGGCAUCUCCACCAGGGGGCACUCUUACACAGCAGCUGUUUUGGGCCCUCACUAGGUGAGUAGGGAACUUGACUCAAACCAGGUGAAUGGUUGGCUCUUGGUUGGCUUUUGAGGGGGGCCUUGCCCAAAGAAGGCUUGAGGGAGAGGGCCCUCAGAUUUUGCAUACUCACACGGUGGCACCUCAGGACCUCUUACUACCUCAUUUUGCUCAAGUGAGCUCUGGGAGUUCCUGGUCUUGGCCCUGAACUAUCUGGUGGGACUGGACUCAGCAGCACCCGGGCUGGUUCACAAGCAGGUGGUUUUAAUUAACCCACAAAGCCUUUCUGGAUGUUAAUAUUUAUUUAUUUUUGUUUUUGUAUACAUACUGCCCAGCAUCUCUUGGAUAAGAGAUUUCAGGAAAAUGAGUUUUUCUCCCUAGUGAGUAGCCAUAUUCCAGGGGACAAUCCUGGCCAGAAAUUUGGGAAGCAGAGUUGAAUGAGGGGAGAAUGUGCCAAGCUUUAAAAUCAAAUUCUUUUUUUCAGAGUCUCUUGCAGAACAAACCCAAGGAAUUCUUGAAGCAAAUGGAUUUAAGCUCUAAAAAUUUAAGCUUUGAGCUUAUUAAGUUCCUUGUUAGAUUCCUAAGCCUUUCAUCCCUGUUCCAUCUGUGAUGGAGUAGGUUGGGGACUGGGUAGUUGAGGGGGGUCAGAUCACACAAAAGACAUCUUUGCACAAGUUCUCAUUCUUCCUAAUCUUGGAAAGCUGAAUGCAGACAUCCAGGCAAAGUAAAACUUCGUCUUUGUUGGACCUGCUGCCCCUUUCCCUAGCUCUCCACUUGAGGUACAUGGCUUUGUUGGGGUGACGGUUACCUGAAAACUUGUGUGAGUGGCCCCAGAUGGUUUGAUCAUUAAAAUCCAACUUUUGGGGGCCAGAGAUGGUAUAGUAGGUAGGGCAUUUGCCUUGCCUUGCAUGCCACUGACCCUGUUUAGCUCCUUGGCACUGCAAAUGUCCUCUGACCCUCACCAGGAGUGAUUCCUGAACACAGCCUGGAGUAAACCCUAAGCACCUCAAACUAUGGCCCAGUAGCCAAACCAAAACACCCAGCUUGUUAAAUAAAUAUUUCUUUGGGAUUUUCUUGUCAACAAAGCAGUGCUGAGACUUCUCAUCCAUGAUUGGCUUCUCCAUUUCUGACAUUGACCAUUAGAAAUUUAAGAGUUAAAAUGUGUAAAAGAUAUUAAUUUAUGUACUAAGCUUUGCAAGACUGAGUGAUCUUCCCAGCGUUGGUGAGGACUGAUUUUUGAAUGCCUUCGGGAAUGGUGAAACUUGCAGCUGGCCAGGUAGUUGAGACUGACUCAAUAAGCUAGAGAGACCUUUUUCCUAUGUAGAUGGCUUCAUGACGCUGGGUAAUAUGUAUACUUAACUUGAAACUGUGAAAUUUUCCCUUUUUUGCCAGUAAACCAAAAAGCAAUCCUUGAAACUUUGCCCUUUAACACUAAAUACAUAACUGCACCCCCUGAUCUCUCCCUGAGGUCUAGUGGUUGAUCAGGAGGCCCAGUAGGUCACAGAUAUGUAGCAGGGUCAGUAGCUCAAGAGGCUCAUUGUCCAAACCCUGUUCCUCUGCUCCCCAUAUUCACACCCGAGCCCUCGAUUUGUUCUUUGCCUCUGCCUCCAGCUUUUUUCCUCAGUUGCUUUACUUGAAACACAUUGAAGUUAUGUUGUGGCUGAGUGUGCUCUAAAGUCCCUGACGGUAUUGUCUGAUACGAAGUUUAAUUUUUUUUCAAUCUCUGUUCAUUUGAUUUUGUUGUCUUCUAUGCCCUGGAGUCUGGUUUAGAACGAUCUCUUACUGGGCUGUUUUGAGGUUCCCUUUCAUCCUUGAAUGUCUCAUUUUUCAGUUCCCUCCCUCCCCCUCGCCCCUCUUUUGUACUCAGGACUGGCUACAUAACUUAUAGAGCCCCCUUAAGAAUUGGUAAGAAUUUCAAGAUGACACCUGUAGAGCAUUACACCAAGCAUGAGGUAAUUCCCAGCCUGUUUAUUAAGGGAAAAAGGUAAUACUUUCAUGGUACAGACAAACAGCAGACCAUGUGACCAGAGGAGGGGAUCAUUGUCUUGGACAUCUUGAACCCAGUUUGGCCGGGUGCUCCUGGAUCACUGAGGCAACAGCACCCUGGGAAGCUCUGCUCUACCAUGGUAUUUGGUUUCAAGUUUUAGGACUCCGUGGAGUUCACUGCUAGUUGUAAAGGAAGGAGGUGGGAGUAAGAGUCCAGCCCAGGUGACCCCGAAAAAGUAGGAUAUGGGGGAAAAAUUCUUUUUGACUUUUGAUCUAUUAGAGCCCAUUUGUCCCUUGGAGCAUUUGGGCUGAACACCUGUGCUCCAGUCAGGUUUUUGCUACUGAUGGCUUUUUUUUCCCCUUCUCUCUCUUGAUUUUUAUGCUCUGAUCCCCAGCUCACUCCACUUUUGGAAGUGAAUUUAAAAUCGUUUGUAGGUGGACACUGCUUUUUUUUUUUUUGCCUAGGAAUUGACUGUGUGGAGGUCUGUGCUCAUCCAGUAGUCUCCUCAGUCUGCCCUGAAGGAGUCCUAAAGCAGGGCACACAGCAUCCUGUUCAGAAUGACGACUCAUGAAGUCUUCUCCGAGUUUAUUUAACACCCCUCAUCCUCCUAGCCCACCUCUACUAGCUAAAGUCUAUUAUGAAACCGAGGAGAGUUGUUGACUUCUAAGAACUUCCAUUAAAUUAAUAAGUACUGACCUCCUAAUAUUUAAGUGUUUACUAUCUAUUGCUGUAAAGUUUUGUAUAUUUUGUAAACUUUUCCCCCCAAAUAGUAGAUGUCCAAAAUCGUACAUCUGAUUCUUUUAUAUUCCAUUGUUCAGCACAAAGUGUGGUUUUUAUUUAGAAUAAAAAAAGGAAAUUUGAAAAUGGAGUUUGUUUCCUAUUGACUGUGAACAUGCACA